UGAAGGAAAAUUUCCCAUCCUAUACAAACAUGCGACAGAAGAAGGUUGUAGGAAAUGAUAAGUAAUCUCAUAGAAAUUGAAAUCCACACAAAUUGGGUGCGCUCUUUUCACUGACUUUGGUUUGUGACUUUGGAAAAACUACCAUCACUUAUGUUUUCUCGCUCUUCCAACCAGCAGUUGAAAUUGCAACCAAGGCCUCCAAGCGAGUUCCGAAUAUUACCGAAAUUUGAGGAAGAACGAGAAACAACCAAGAAAAAAACUCCCAAGUUAAAGCAAGUUCUCAACUACUUAAGCGACCACUUUUGUCCUUGGGAUUAUGAUCUUUAUCGACCAGAUAUUACGUUCUUUCAAGUAUGGAAUGUAAAGUCCGAGGAAGAACGAAUUCCUCUUCGGUUUUCCGUUACACUGAAGCCUUUCUCUUCUCAAGCCAAGUUUUCUCUCCGUGCACGUCUAUUUCAACUAGGAAACGAGGGUUUUUUCUUCGCAAAGGCAGCCUCCUAUGUAUGUCCUUAUCGUUCAACCGUUCCUAACGAUUAUUAUGGCUUCGAGGCAGAUAAAAUUGUUGCCUCUUUUGGUAAAGAACAACUAACUAAACUAUAUAUCAACGGCAAUCUGAAAAGUUCAAGGAAAAGCAACCAACGGGUUCUUGGUUCCAUCGGCGUUCAACAAAAGAUUGUUUUUGAUUCCAAUAGAAAACUAACGUUGCGGUUGGGUUAUAACUCGCGACAGGAAAUUUAUGUGACACCGAUACCAAACGGCCUUUACUUUUGAGAAGGUUUUCAUUUUUGCGAGACAGUAUUAUGGUUUGAAUCGUGGUUGUAUACUU